AUGGCGGACGUACCAAAGGGAAUGGAACAUGUGGACCGGAAAGAGCUUUAUACUUCGCUCCCCGUCAGGAUCCGGUAUCUUCAACAAUUCCUCGAGUUUGGAGCAGACGACGUUGUCGCUCUGAUCGAUGGACAGAAAUACAUCAAAGCCAUCAUCCCGGCCAUCGUCAACAUGGUCUACAAAAAACUGCUGAAACACGACAUCACUGCCCGAGUCUUCAGCACACGAGACAGCCGCAACGAGGAGAAUCCAGACCGGUGGAUCAAAGAAGACGAUGCACAGAUCAGACACCGGAAGAUGUUCCUGAGGUGGUACCUCACGAAACUCAACUCCGAUCCCAGCAAGAUGGAAUAUUGGCAGUACUUGGAUAAAGUUGGGUUAAUGCACGUUGGCCAAGGUCGUCGAAACCCGCUACACGUGGACUAUAUCUUCCUGGGUGCCUGUCUGGGGUAUAUCCAGGACGCCAUGACCGAAGCGAUCCUCUCCCAUCCGCGACUCGACCUGACGCAGAAGAUCGCCAUCGUCAGAGCAAUCGGCAAGGUCAUUUGGAUUCAGAAUGAUCUGAUGGCCAAAUGGCAUGUCGAUGACGGCAAAGAAUUUGCCGACGCGGUUGACGACGAGGAGAUUCAAGCUGAAGCACGCGAACCGGAAGGGUACAUGCACGGCAGGAGAGUGUUGGGCAGUGGAAGCGAGGACAGUGGUUUAGUCGACGCUUCAUCCAUGACUUCGGAGAAAAGCACCACGAGUCUCGGCCGGUCGAUUGAGCAGAUCAGUUUGAGCAAUGAACAGAGCAAAUGUCCGUUCAGUGGUAUGGGCGGAGGGGAUCUGGACAAGCAACGAGCAGCGACGUGGCGACCGAGAAGACAGGAGCCGGAAGCGAAGCCGCCGCCGACAGGUAUUCCACGUCUUUAUGUUGUUGAUGGGAAGACGGUCUGUAAGGAGAAGCUGGAGCCAAAUCCAUUUGAGUAG